CCCCCAGGAGGUCUCAGGCUCAUCCGGGCUCUGCUGGCUGUUCCGAGCCUGGACACGCCCACAUUUCUUUUCUACAAGCGUGGGGGGAGGAAAAGAGGAUCCCCCGGGGCCCCGCACUGUCUGAGCCCCAAGAGGAGCUGGGAACUCGGGACGCCUGGGGCCCCGGGACCCGUUUCCUUCUUCGGGACAGCCAGGAGACCGGAGCGGCCUAAACCGAGCCGGGUAGCCGCUCUCUGACGCACGGGGAGGGGCGGGGCGGAAUGAAGGGGAGGGCCGGGGCCGGGGAGGGAGGCGGGGCUCACGCUGGAUCAGGAGGAGGGGACUCGGAGACCCGAGAGCCAGGCCGAAGGGGCGGGACGGGGCGGAGCAAUGGAGGCUCUGAAAAGGCCGCGCAGAGGCCUCCGGGAACCCGGAAGUGACUCGCCUCGGCUCCUUGGCCGGCCCUGGAUCUCCCUCCGCCCGGCGCCUCCAGCCUUGAGACGAGGCUACAAAAACUAGAGGAACUUCAUGGGGGACUCACUGCGGCUACUUUGCUGCCUCCACAGGGAGCCUGCAGUGCCCGGGAUGGUGUUGGAGAGGGACAGAAUCCCAGGCCAGGAGGAGGUGACGUUCCAGGAUGUGGCUGUGGAGUUCACACGGGAGGAGUGGCGCCUCUUGUCCCCUCCUCAGAAGGAGCUGUACAGGGAGGUGAUGCUGGAGAAUGCCUGGAACCUGCUCUCUGUGGAAAGAGAGAUCAGACCUGAAAUGAAGCUGACUGCAACAGAGGUGAGCCUCUCUGUGGAAGAAAUGAACCUACAAAGAUUCAUGAGUGAUUGUCCCGAUAACUCUGCUUUCAGAGAAUUCUAUGUUGCACCUCAAAAUUCAUCUCAUUUUGAACAUCAAGGAAUUCACUCUGGGAGAAAAUCUAGUGAAGCUAAUCAGUGCAAAAAUACUUUAAUGUGGGACAUCACAGAAGGACAGUCUCUUAAGAAACCUUAUGAAUGCAACCAAUGUCGAAAGACAUUCAGUCAGAUCUCAUAUCUUACUGUACAUCAGAGAAUCCACUUUGGGGAGAAACCUUAUAAAUGCAAGGAAUGUGGAAAUACAUUCAGUUGGAGGUCAAAUCUUGCUAAUCAUCAGAGAAUCCACACUGGGGAGAAACUUUUUGAAUGCAAACAAUGUGGAAAGAGAUUCACAAAGAACUCCUAUCUUGCUGUACAUCAGAGAAUCCACACUGGGGAGAAACCUUAUGAAUGCAAGCAAUGUGGAAAGAGAUACUCAGAGAACUCCUAUCUUGCUGUACAUCAGAGAAUCCACACUGGGGAGAAACCUUUUGAAUGCAAGCAAUGUGGAAAGACAUUUAAUCACAGCUACCGUCUUGUUAUACAUCAGAGAACCCACACUGGGGAGAAACCUUAUGAAUGCAAGGAAUGUGGAAAGACAUUUAAUCACAGCUACCGUCUUGUUAUACACCAGAGAAUCCACACUGGGGAGAAACCUUAUGAAUGCAAGCAAUGUGGAAAGAGAUUCUCAGAGAACUCCAGUCUUGCUGUACAUCAGAGAAUCCACACUGGGGAGAAACCUUAUGAGUGCACCCAAUGUGGAAAGACAUUUAGUUGGAGGUCAAAUCUUGCUAAUCAUCAGAGAAUCCACACUGGGGAGAAACUUUUUGAAUGCAACCAAUGUGGAAAGACAUUCAGUCGCAGUGCCUAUCUUGCUGUACAUCAGAGAACCCACACUAGAGAGAAACCUUUUGAAUGCAAGGAAUGUGGAAAGACAUUUAAUCAGAGCUAUCAUCUUGCUAUACAUCAGAGAAUCCACACUGGGGAGAAACCUUAUGAAUGCAAGGAAUGUGGAAAGACAUUUAAUCAGAGCUAUCAUCUUGCUAUACAUAAGAGAAUCCACACUGGGGAGAAGCCUUAUGAAUGCAACCAAUGUGGAAAGACAUUUAGUUGGAGGCCAAAUCUUGCUAAUCAUCAGAGAAUCCAUACUGGGGAGAAACCUUAUGAAUGCACCCAAUGUGGAAAGACAUUCAGUCGGAAGUCAAAUCUUGCUAAUCAUCAGAUAGUCCACACUGGGGAGAAACCUUUUGAAUGCACCCAAUGUGGAAAGACAUUCAGUCAGAGGUCGAAUCUUGCUGUACAUCAGAGAAUCCACACUGGGGAGAAACCUUUUGAAUGCAAGCAAUGUGGAAAGAGAUACUCAGAGAACUCCAGUCUUGCUAAACAUCAGAGAAUCCACACUGGAGAGAAACCUUAUGAAUGCAACCAAUGUGGAAAGAGAUACUCGGAGAACUCCAGUCUUGCUGUACAUCAGAGAAUCCACACUGGGGAGAAACCUUAUGAAUGCAACCAAUGUGGAAAGACAUUCAAUCAGAGGUCAAAUCUUGCUGUACAUCAGAGAAUCCACACUGGAGAGAAACCUUUUGAAUGCAAGCAAUGUGGAAAGAGAUUCUCAGAGAACUCCAGUCUUGCUGUACAUCAGAGAAUCCACACUGGUGAGAAACCUUAUGAAUGCAAUGAAUGUGGAAAGACAUUUAAUCAGAGCUAUCAUCUUGCUAUACAUCAGAGAAUCCACACUGGGGAGAAACCUUAUGAAUGCAAGGAAUGUGGAAAGACAUUCAGUCGGAGCCACCACCUUGCUGUACAUCAGAGAAUCCACACUGGGGAGAAACCUUAUGAAUGCAAGCAAUGUGGAAAGAAAUUCUCAGGGAACUCCAGUCUUGCUGUACAUCAAAGAAUCCACACUGGUGAGAAACCUUAUGAAUGCAAGGAAUGUGGAAAGACAUUCAGUCGGAGCUCCUAUCUUGCUGUACAUCAGAGAAUCCACUCUGGGGAGAAACCUUAUGAAUGCAAGGAAUGUGGAAAGACAUUCAGUCAGAGCUCCUAUCUUGCUGUACAUCAGAGAAUCCACUCUGGGGAGAAACCUUAUGAAUGCAACCAAUGUGGAAAGACAUUUAGUCAGAGCCACCACCUUGCUCAACAUCACAGAAUCCACACGAGGGAGAAACCUUAAUAAUAAAAGCUGUGUGGUAACAUGUUCACAGGCAGGUCCAGUCUUGCUAUUGUGUGAAGGAAAUUUACCCCCCCCCCUUUCUGGGGGAGUAUAUAACUUGUAUGAGCCUGAACUUGACCCAGGUGAGGAUUAUGUGAUGGAAACCAUUGAAAGAUGAUAGAAUGGCAACUAUAAAAAGGCAGCAAUAGUUGAGAGAUCAGGUGACAACAGGGUGAUGUCCCCUGCAGUGCCCCCAGGACUGCCCCCCUGGUAACCCUGGCAAAAAAGAUAACCAUAGUUGGCUCCUGGGAUGAGAAUUGUGUAAAAUUGAGAUUUGAACUCUGGACUCCAAUCCCCAGGAAUCCUUGCUAGCUCCCUGAAUGGCCUCUAAUCUCACUGAAUUCUUACCUGGGACGAGAACAAAAUUUUAUCUAAAGGGUCUUCCCCAUAGGCGGGGGCUCUCUCUCUCUCGGACUUCCGUUUUGGGGCACACAUGGCUCUUUCCAUAAUGUAGGUUAUCUUGUCUAGGCCUCUUGCCUGGGCACGUGUUUUUUCUUAUUCUGUAUUUUCUUUAAUCUUUAACUUAUAAUAAACCUCUAAAAAAUAUAAUACUCCUUGCAGAGAGAAACUAAUUUCUACCUGCCUCAGUCUCCCCUAAAUUUUAACUGUUACAGUUUUUGGCGACCACUAGAUUGGAUGAGAACUUCUCAAAUUUUUUGGCCUAGAUAAUGAUUUUUUUUAAGCCACGUUUCUCCAAGAUGCUUUUUAGAAAACCAUCUUGAUCAGCUCCUGCCUGGGGCCCUCUCUGGCUCCUGCUUCUACUCCUGGCCUCUCAUCUGGUGCCUGAGAUCCUGGCCCUGCCCACCCCAGCGGUCUGUCUCUCACCCAUCUGGCCUCCUCCCCAGACCCCCAAGCGUGACCCCAGCCGGCUUGGAGCACAUCACUCAGGACUCAUUGGGACCAGCUGGUAACAGUAUUGGCCACAUGGGCGGAGGGGAGAGAAAGGAGAUCGGGUAAUUUUCCCUUAGGCUAAGCCUCCACGUGGAUGGGGGUAUUGACCACAGGAGCUAUCAUAGCAGGGGAGAGAGAAAAGGGAGAGGAGAAGAAACAGACUUUUCAAACAGACUUUUAAGCAAUGGGCUAUUUAAAUGAUACCUUUUGACUGUUCUGGUAAUUUCAUUGAUUUCACCUGCGUGCCAGAAGAAAGAUUCAGCCCAAAGAUUCAACUUUGAAGGGGCAAAUGGGUGGCUCAGGGAACUGAUAGCCAGGCCUACAGACAUUCGGUCCUGGGUUAAAAUCUGGCCUCAGAUACUCCCCAGCUGUGGGGCUCUGGACGGGUCCCUUAACCCCCAUUGCCUAGCCCUUACCACUCUGCCUUCAGACAAUAGACAUUUAAAUGGAUAAUUAAUUAAAAGAAAACAAAAGCACACACACACACACCUAAGGAACUUUAAAGACUGGAGGUUAUGGUUUUAAUGCAUUUCAGACUCCAAUGGUUUAUAAAAAUAUUCUAUUGCAUUUUGUGUUUAAGGUUUAACUUUGUGAUUUUAAGUUCAUAUACUACUGGAUUCAAUAUUCUGUUACACUGAAGGUUGAUUGAAUUUAUUUUGAAUGUACUUUUGAAAUUCUGUUGUUUUUCCCCUAUAACUGUGCUGAUCAAAUAUUAUUGUAAUUAAGCCCAUAUAAAAAAAAAAACAGUCUUUCUAUUUUGACUUUGUAAAUUAUCACAUAGAUGGACUUCAGGACUGGUUAUAAUUGUAUAACAACCUUUGGAAAAUUUAAUAUGCUAAAUAUCUCAAAUGAUUUUAAGGGUUUUUAAAAUAUGAUUUUGUAAUUUUUUUUAAACAAUCUGGUUAAUUUUGCCUGCCCCUACCACGAGGUAAGGCCCAUUACAGUAGCUGAAGUGAAAUACAUUUUAUAACCCCCAACCUUCCUGCAUUUCUAAAUAUGUGAAUGGAAGUUGGGCAGUUAAUCUCAGGGCAUUUGUAUCCCUAUAAGCCUCCAAGAUAAAGGAGCACCCCUUUAUUUAUACUCUUCAGCUCACCAGAAUGAUAUAUAGAUUUCUUGAUUAAGUUCUUAACCCAAGAUGAGUUUUACCUUGUUUAAAAAAAAUAUGUUUAAAUACCAAGGUUGAAAGAUUGCUGUGUUUGUAAAAACUGUGACAAAUGUCCAUCAAUUCAUAGGUUUUAAAAAUGCCAUACAGCAACUUAUGUGAAAUAUGAAAGUGUGCUUGUUUGCUAUUGUAAUUAAUUGGGCUCUUGAGAAUUUUGGGGAUUUUGAAGCCUAUGUAUUUGUCAAUUCAUUUGCCUUCUACUCACAGUGAGCAUGGCCAGACAUGAAGAGGAAGUGGAUCUCAUUUUUGGUGAGAAAGCCUUGCAUUUUAUAUUUUCUUAGCUGCCACAGAGUGUCAGUGAUUAUAAGCUACAUUCUUGAAUUUUAAAGCUCUUUUAUUAUUAUAUUUUUCUUGCACGUGCAAUAUACUUUUUCAGUUUUUUUUUUAUUAUUUUUCUCUCCUUUUUAUAUUUGAAGCACAUGUCACCAGCAUUAAGAUUGUCUUUAACCUUUUGAUUUUUAAGGUUAAGAUACAUUUGCUAAUGCAUGCCCUAAAAAGCUUGUGACUAUAAAAACGAUGCCAUUAAUUACUUAAAUAAAUUAUGGGACUUUGCUUAAUGAUUCUGUCCGAUUCCAGGACAACAUAUAGAACAAGAGCCAUUGCACAGGGCCAAAGAAAAGCCAAUCCUGGAUGGUUUGAUGCACUUCUAGGCCAAUAUAAAGGUCUUGAACCUAGUGUGAGACUUGGGGUUGUGACACUUGGCUUAUGUUAAGAUGUAGGCCUUCCUUGUGUCCACACUCACUCUGAAGAUACUCAAAGAGGAGGAUCCCCAAACUUGGCUCCUAUAAUCUGGUCCCUUUCUUUUCUGCCUCUCAUAGUGUGGCAACUUUCUGUAGUCCUGGCUACUGACUGGGUAAAUGCAUCAUUGCUUAGAUCAUUUUAUUGGGCCAUGAUUCACGGACCUGUCAUAGAUUUAUUUUUCUUUUACUUGGAAUUUUUACACAUAAGACUUUGAUAGUCUAUAUUUUCAUACGGAAAUUUUUUCUUUUGGAUUUUUCUAAUUUUUUUUCUCUUGCCAAUUGAUUCAUAUACCUCAUACCUCAGCCAUGCAUCCCUAAGUGAUCCUGUUUUUUUAAUCACCCUCUUAAUGGGGGGAAUGUAAAAAAUAUCAUUAUUUAAAUUGCAAAGUUUAAAUUCCUUUUGAGAAGAAUUUUAGGUAAAGAAACACGAUACCUCUCUGAAUCCAGAACUGAACUGUUGGAGAAGCCACCAUGAAGAAGCCUCCAGACCAGCCAGCUGCACAAAAAUGAACUUUGGGUGUAGCUGAUUGAAUAUUUAUUUGUAUGUAUACUUUCAUGCCAAAGGGGACUGACUGCCCCCUAACUGGCUUUCUGUCAAUGCGUCCAGUAAUUAUUGGGGUUUUUUUUCUUAUCCUCAAAUUAUUGUAAUCUUUAAAUUGAUUAUGUUUUUACGAUCCUUUGGGAAAGGACUUCUUCCCAGAGGAUCAAAUGAGGGGGGGGGGGGGGUGUAAAAUUGAGAUUUGAACUCUGGACUCCAUUCCCCAGGAGUCUUUGCUAGCUCCCAGAAUGCCCUCUAAUCUCACUGAAUUCUCACCUGGGACAAGAGCAAAAUUUCAUUUAAAGGGUCUUCCCUGUAGGCGGGGGCUCUCUCUCUUGGACUUCCGUUUUGGGGCAGACGUGGCUCUUUCCAUAAUGUAGGUUAUCUUGUCUAGGCCUCUGGCCUAGGCACGUAUUUUUUCUUAUUCUGUAUUUUCUUUAAUCUUUAACUUUUAAUAAACCUCUAAAAAAUAUGAUACUCCUUGCAGAGAGAAACUAAAUUCUACCUGCCUCAGUCUCCCCUAAAUUUUAACUGUUACAAUUAUAAGAUAGUGGUGUAAAAAUGGAGAUUUUGAACCCCAGACAUCAAUCUCCAGAAGUCCUUGGUAUUUCCCGUAAUUGCUAUAAUCUCACCUGAGUCUCCACCUGGGCAACAUCAUGAGUAUGUAAUUGGCAGUCACUGCCUCCCUCUCGCUCGGCCUAGACACAUGCUUUCUUAUUUUGUGUUUUCUUUAUUUCUUAGCCUUUAAUAAACCUCAUAAAAAUAUAAUACUUCUAGCAGAGAAACUAA